CGGGACUUUUUAGGCUAAUGUCCAAACCCUCUCAAUUCUCAUUAGGCUCUCCUCACCAUUACAUUAUACAAGCUUGAAGCUCCCAUUAAUGGAGUAUUAUCUAAUCUAGAGAGCUAAAGGAAGAAGCAAAAGGAUCCAUCAUAUGGAGGGAAACUCCAAUAUUUAUAGGAAAAAGGGGAAGGGGCUCUCUACCCUAAUGGGCCAACGGGCCGAUGUCGGGCCUAAUGGCCAAAGUGGACCAGAAUGAGCCGAAAUGGACCUAGCUGCUCGGGCUCCGUACUGGAUAAUGUCUUGGGCUCCUGAACAGUAAUAGGCCGGGAUAAUAUAUCCUAACACAAGUCCCCCAGUUUCUUGAGUAGUGAGCGUGUGAAUCUGCUCGAGAAAAUAUACUCUUGCCUGCGCUCUUCCUCUGUCUUGCUGGAAACUGUGUCCUCGAAUAAUCAUAAUAUAUGAGUGGAUGUCCACACUCCUGAACGUAAUCUGCCGGUGAGGAACCCCCUUCCCGACGGGAUCGGGCGAAGGGUGCUCCUCCACGGGCACGCUCCCCCUGAAUGCAUCAGGCGAGAGUAAAGGACUCUGACUCGAGCUUUCCAAUCGGAGAAGCUUAGAGGUCCAUGCAUCUAUAAACCGACGUCGCGGUACUAUCAAAACAUGAUGCACGUGUGUAUGUAUGAAUGUAUGAGGUAUGAUGCAUGAAUGCAUGAAUGCAUGUAAUGUAUGGGUGCAAUGUAUGAGAGAAGGAAUGUGAGGUGUGAUAGAAAGCGAUGGCUCUCAUCGAUAAACCGGGCAUGUCAGCGCCGAGAAGCAGACGUGCUGCACAAGACGGGUCCCCCAUCCGAGAUGGCAUGGGCGGAGCCGGAGGUGGACUGGACAUGAUGCCGCCGAGGGGCCAAUCGAGCUGUAUAAGAGAUGUUCGUCGCCAUCCUGGAGGGGAUGCGUGAUCCGAACGUGAAAGAGACACGAUGGCGCUGAGGGGCCGAUCGUGCUGCAUAAGACGGUCGUCGCCAUCCUGAAGGGGAUGCGUGAUCCGAACGUGAAAGAGACACGAUGGCGCUGAGGGGCCGAUCGUGCUGUAUAAGACGGUCGUCGCCAUCCUGAAGGGAAUGUGUGAGCCGAACCGUGAAGCCAUGUACGAUGGCGCUGAGGGGCCGAUCGCACUGCAUAAGACGUUCGUCGCCAUCCUGAAGGGAAUGUGCGAGCCGAACCGUGAAGCCAGGUACGAUGGCGCUGAGGGGCCGAUCGCACUGCAUAAGACGUUCGUCGCCAUCCUGAAGGGAUGCGCGAUCCGAACGUGAAAGAGACACGAUGGCGCUGAGAGGCCGAUCGUGCUGCAUAAGACGGUCGUCGCCAUCCUGGAGGGAAUGGUCGAGCCGAACCGUGAAGCCAGGUACGAUGGCGAUGAGGGGCCGAUCGCACAGCAGAAGACGUUCGUCGCCAUCCUGGAAGAGAUGCGCGAUCCGAACGUGAAAGAGACACGAUGGUGCUGAGAGGCCGAUCGUGCUGCAUAAGACGGUCGUCGCCAUCCUAGAGGGAAUGGUCGAGCCGAAUCGUGAAGCCAGGUACGAUGGCGCUGAGGGGCCGAUCGUACUGCAGCAGACGUUCGUCGCCAUCCUGGAAGAGAUGCGCGAUCCGAACGUGAAAGAGACACGAUGGCGCUGAGAGGCCGAUCGUGCUGCAUAAGACGGUCGUCGCCAUCCUAGAGGGAAUGGUCGAGCCGAACCGUGAAGCCAGGUACGAUGGCGCUGAGGGGCCAAUCGCACUGCAUAAGACGUUCGUCGCCAUCCUGGAAGAGAUGCGCGAUCCGAACGUGAAAGAGACACGAUGGCGCUGAGAGGCCGAUCGUGCUGCAUAAGACGGUCGUCGCCAUCCUGGAGGGAAUGGUCGAGCCGAACCGUGAAGCCAGGUACGAUGGCGCUGAGGGGCCGAUCGCACUGCAGAAGACGUUCGUCGCCAUCCUGGAAGAGAUGCGCGAUCCGAACGUGAAAGAGACACGAUGGCGCUGAGAGGCCGAUCGUGCUGCAUAAGACGGUCAUCGCCAUCCUGGAGGGAAUGGUCGAGCCGAACCGUGAAGCCAGGUACGAUGGCGCUGAGGGGCCGAUCGCACUGCAGAAUACGUUCGUCGCCAUCCUGGAAGAGAUGCGCGAUCCGAACGUGAAAGAGACACGAUGGCGCUGAGAGGCCGAUCGUGCUGCAUAAGACGGUCGUCGCCAUCCUGGAGGGAAUGGUCGAGCCGAACCGUGAAGCCAGGUACGAUGGCGAUGAGGGGCCGAUCGCACAGCAGAAGACGUUCGUCGCCAUCCUGGAAGAGAUGCGCGAUCCGAACGUGAAAGAGACACGAUGGUGCUGAGAGGCCGAUCGUGCUGCAUAAGACGGUCGUCGCCAUCCUAGAGGGAAUGGUCGAGCCGAACCGUGAAGCCAGGUACGAUGGCGCUGAGGGGCCGAUCGUACUGCAGCAGACGUUCGUCGCCAUCCUGGAAGAGAUGCGCGAUCCGAACGUGAAAGAGACACGAUGGCGCUGAGAGGCCGAUCGUGCUGCAUAAGACGGUCGUCGCCAUCCUAGAAGGAAUGGUCGAGCCGAACCGUGAAGCCAGGUACGAUGGCGCUGAGGGGCCAAUCGCACUGCAUAAGACGUUCGUCGCCAUCCUGGAAGAGAUGCGCGAUCCGAACGUGAAAGAGACACGAUGGCGCUGAGAGGCCGAUCGUGCUGCAUAAGACGAUCGUCGCCAUCCUGGAGGGAAUGGUCGAGCCGAACCGUGAAGCCAGGUACGAUGGCGCUGAGGGGCCGAUCGCACUGCAGAAGACGUUCGUCGCCAUCCUGGAAGAGAUGCGCGAUCCGAACGUGAAAGAGACACGAUGGCGCUGAGAGGCCGAUCGUGCUGCAUAAGACGGUCAUCGCCAUCCUGGAGGGAAUGGUCGAGCCGAACCGUGAAGCCAGGUACGAUGGCGCUGAGGGGCCGAUCGCACUGCAGAAUACGUUCGUCGCCAUCCUGGAAGAGAUGCGCGAUCCGAACGUGAAAGAGACACGAUGGCGCUGAGAGGCCGAUCGUGCUGCAUAAAAAUGGUGAUGAUCAUCUCAUGGCCCCCGGCCUGUCGGUGAGUGAUAAUCGUCUCACGGCCCUCGGCCGUGCUGGUGAUGUGUCAAGUCUCUCUCCUGAUUGGCCGUGAGAAGCCGAUCGUCUGCCAGGACUCCAUCCGGGAAGGAAUGGUGAGCCUGAAAUAAAUCUGGGUGAUGUCCCUCCUAUCUGGCCUGAGGAGCUAGUCUUCGUUCGUCUACCGUAUCCGUUGUCCUAUGUACGGACCGCUAAGCAGUGUACACUCGGCACGCACAGACUCUGGUAAAGAACUGGUUCUUCGUUCUUCCCAAGUCUCGUGAGUACUGGUCUCCUGGUUUCGCAGGAGACGUUCGUCAUCCCAACUAUGAGAAGAAACAGGUUUACCUACGUCGGGAUUCCCUAUUCUUCGUUCGUCCCUGUCGUGGUCCUACUAACCUUCUUACUUCGAAGAAGACGUUCGGUCAUCCAACGAUCGCAAGGAGGAAUAGGUUUAUCCACGUCGGGAUUCCCUAUUCUUCGUUCGUCCCUGUCGUGGUCCUACUAAUCUUCUUACUUCGAAGAAGACGUUCGGUCAUCCAACAAUCGCAAGGAGGAACAGGUUUAUCCACGUCGGGAUUCCCUAUUCUUCGUUCGUCCCUGUCGUGGUCCUACUAAUCUUCUUACUUCGAAGAAGACGUUCGGUCAUCCAACGAUCGCAAGGAGGAACCGGUUUAUCCACGUCGGGAUUCCCUGCUUCGUCGUCCCAUGCUUGUGGCCCUACUAGCCUCCUGCAUCGGCAGGAGGUGUUCGUCGAUCCACAGGAAAUGGGAGGAACUGGUUUAUCCUGCCGAGGUUCCCUUUGGUACGUCUAGCCUCCCCCACGUUCCUACUAACCUCCGCGUCGGGAGACGUUCGUCAUACGCGGCGAAGGAAGAUCAGGCAUACCUCGUCAAGACUCCCUCUCUCAUAGGAGUUUCUCUCUCCCCUUCUCCCCAUCUUUUCUUUUUUUUUUCUCUUUUUUUUUUUUUUGAGGGAGGAAAAUACGUUCGUCGGUUUCCAAGAAUGACCACCAGUGAUGUCACACGUAAUGGUGGUGGGAUAUCAAAAAGAAUAGAAUGACGAGGCGAUGGAAAUGCUGGUCGUCAUGCGAAGGCGAUGGCCACCCUCCUGAUGGGAGGGGUGAGCCCGAUCGCUAACUCAAGAAGGUCGGCAUUGGGAGCCGAUAUACAAUGAUCAUAAUGUCGUUGGGCAGUCGGUCCUGAUAAUGGAGAUGGCAAUAGUGUCCAGUCAGGCCGAUAUAUCCGAGCAACGGCUCUCAUCCAACGCAGCGCGGGGAUGAAACCGGUCUUCAAAAGAUAAAUAUUUCGUGCCGAGAGGCCGAACAUAAUAUGAUAGUGUCGGCAGUGAGAGGCCGACCUGAAAGAAUCAAACAACGGUCCUCGUUCGCGAGGUGGCGGGGAUGAGGCCGGUCUUCAAAAGACAAGCACGCCGGGCCGGGGGGGCCGAACAUGAUAUGACAGUGUCGGCAAUGAGAGGCCGAUCUGAGAAAAUCAAGCAACGGUUCUCGUCCGCGAGGGCGGGGACGAGGCCGGUCUUCAAAAGAUAAGCACGCCGAACCGAGAGGCCGGUCGUGGUGUAAUGAUGUCGGCGAUGAUAGGCCGACCUGAAAUCCAAGCAACGGUCCUCAUCCGCGUAGUGCGGGGACGAGGCCGGUCUUCAAAUAAGAUAAUCACGCCGAGCCAGGAAGCCGGUCGUGAUUAAUGAUGUCGGCAAUGAGAGGCCGAUCUGAAAUCAAGCAACGGUCCUCGUCCGCGUAGUGCGGGGACGAGGCCGGUCUUCAAAUAUGAUGAUCAUGUCGUGCCGAGGGGCCGGUCAUGAUGUAAUGAUGGCGUCAGAUGGCCCUCGGCCGUGACGAUCUCUUCUAGGCCCUCGGUCUCUGAAUGACGGGUGAUCGUCUCACGGUUCUCUGUCAUGGCAUUCGCCUCUAGACCCUCGGCCUCUAGGUGUUCUUCCUAGGCCAUCGGUCUCUGGGGUGGAGAUGCUCGUCCCACGGUUCUCAACCGUGGUGGUCUCCUCUAGGCCCUCGACCUCUGGGUGGAGAUGUUCGUCAUCGGCUCUCAGCCGUGAUGGUCUCCACUUAAGCUGGCCCUGAACGUCUUCAAGAUUCGGGCCGAUCGUCUCUAAUCAUUUCACUCGAGCGCGUCGAGCGGCUUCAGCUGCGCAAUAAGCAUGGUAACGGGCCGCACGGCCCGACAAUAUGUAUACACACAUAACCAUCUGCAUGGUUUUCUUUCUAACACCCACGAUUACCGGCCUAUGGGUCAUCGUGACCCUCGGCCCGUCUCAUCGUGCGGGGUUAAUGGACGUAGCAGCUCGCGGCGGGGCCAAUUAGCAGCCCGCCGAACGUCACAUAGAGAUAUUCAUCGGUCUGUGAGUUUUCAAACUCAGACCCAAGUUGGUCGCAGCGCCUUCGGAAACACGAGGCCGAGCGCUUUGGUGCCCUCGGGACUCCACAGGCCGCGUCUGGCAUUAGUCACUUCGUGCCUAACGGUGCAGGCAGUACUAGGGUACGAUCGUCGAUCGGGCAUUUGGUGCCGUGCAGACUAAUGUGUAACCCCCAAUUUAAAAUGUGUCGUCGGGGCAUUGCCCUCUGCAGACGCUCGGAUCGCUUAAUUAAGCCGAUCGAGAGUGGGCCAACGGCCCCACAAACAAUUAAACAUUUAAUCAAAUGCUAGCCGAACUAACCAUCACUUGGGCUUCGCUCAGCAUUAUUUAAUUCGGGACAUUUUAUCCCUAAUAAAUAAUAGUGAUGUACGGGUAGUAAUAAUAGUAUUAUCCUACCAUAAGUCAUUCAGAUACGCUCCGAUCGCUAAUUAAAGCCGAUUAGGAGCGGCCCAAUGGACCCACAACAACCAGUCAUCCAAUGACGGUGAAAUUCAUAUCACUAGAGCUUUACUCAUCUGAGCUUUGCUCGACAUUAUUUAAUUUCGGGGUAUUUGCUCCCUACUAAAUAAUGGUGAUAAAAAUACUAUCAUUACUAAUAGUUUAAACUAUUAACAAUUAAGUGUACCAAUUUAAAGGUGGAGGUACUUAGCUUUGGGUAGAUGUUCGGCCAGUUAGCAAUCCCAGAAAUGAUUUUGAUUCCUUUGACUUGGUCAACCUUUCCCAAGAGUCAAGGACUUCAAUUAAUCAGCCACUCCCAAGUCCAAAGUUGACGCACGUCCAAGCCAAGAGGCCCUCGGCUUAUUAUCGGAAUUCCCCAACUUGACUUGGUCCAAUUCCCCAAGAAAUUAGCCCCUUUUACUUGGCCUGGAUUUCACGGACGUGGUGCGCUUAGGUCCAAGCAGCGAUAUACGGAACAUCCCCUAGAAAGGCCAGCCGCGAGUGCCGGCCACUUCCGCCGGUGAGGUUGGCGGUUGCAGCAGAGCAAAAGGCGGCCAGGGAAGAUAGUCUCCGAUGGAAAGUCGGCAGAACUCUGAAAUACACACCUUCCUGAGCUCCAAAUCGCCAUUAAUGGCAGAGACUAAGGAUGUGCUGGCUGGGAAAAUCCCUGAGUUGGGCUGGCAGCGAGGUUGAGUUCCGAGCAACAACUGGCCAGACAGAGGAGUGACCACUACCUCUGAUCUUCCGCCGGUGCGGUGAACUGCGGCGGGCUCAGGGAGCUUCUGGCGUUACACGGCGGCGGUUCGGCAGGUGCUCCGGCGGCGGCGAUGCUCUGGCGGCGGCAGAUAAACAGAGAAAAAACCAGAGCCCAGAUUUCCCAUAAUCAUUUUCCCUCCUACCUUUUUCGAUUAAACCCAAAACCUCCAGCAUCAAAAUUUUUCCUUCUUCCCAGAUCCAGAAUCAUUUUCUUUUCUCUAAUUUUUUUUCUUCCUUUUCACGUUGGAUCUCCUUCCUCCUGCUUGCUUUCCAGAACAAUUUUUUCUUUGUUGAAAAUCAGUGCUUCGUAUGAAUUUUUUCUUGGAACUAAAGAACAACGCGAAUCUUUUUGGACAGAUUCCCACAGACGGCGCCAGUGUUGAGUUUAAUCCAACACGAUAUAGUAAAUAUAUGUAUAAAUGUGUAUGAACAAGCUAUUUUUAUGUGGAAACUCGAAAGGGAAAAAACCACGGGACUUUUUAGACUAAUGUCCAAACCCUCUCAAUUCUCAUUAGGCUCUCCUCAUCAUUACAUUAUACAAGCUUGAAGCUCCCAUUAAUGGAGUAUUAUCUAAUCUAGAGAGCUAAAGGAAGAAGCAAAAGGAUCCAUCAUAUGGAGGGAAACUCCAAUAUUUAUAGGAAAAAGGGGAAGGGGCUCUCUACCCUAAUGGGCCAACGGGCCGAUGUCGGGCCUAAUGGCCAAAGUGGACCAGAAUGAGCCGAAAUGGACCUAGCUGCUCGGGCUCCGUACUGGAUAAUGUCUUGGGCUCCUGAACAGUAAUAGGCCGGGAUAAUAUAUCCUAACACCACAUAAAAGAAUAAUUUGUAAUUUAAUAAGUUGAUGAAAAAUAAAAACAGUACCCCCUCCGUCCCAUAAAAUAGUUCAUGCAUUGACUUGGAUCAGAGUUUAAGAAAGUGGAAAUGUAUGGUUGUGAUUGAG